UUGUUAAGGAUUUAAAUAUAAAUAAAGACAAAAAAUGGACAAAUAUAUUAAAUCAAGUUCCUCUAAUGAAAAUAUUCAACAGAAAAAUGAAAAUUUUAUUUCAAAUAUAUGUCAGUUCCAAUUUAAACUGUUUAAAGAAGAAAAUAUUACAUUUGAAGAGUUUUUAGAAUUCACAAAUGUAAAAGAAUUGGUUGAAAUAAGUUUAAGGCGGAAUCAUCCGAAAAACAUAGAAGGUCGCUUGAAAAAAGUAGGCGAAUAUGCAAAAAAAGUAUAUAAAUCAUGUCAAUCUGACCCAUUAUACUUGUCUAAAACUACAACAUUUUUAAAUUUGCAAUAUAAACGAAAACCGUGGUUACGGCAAGAUAUAGACAAUCAUGAAGGAACUCGGGAAGUGAAAAAAUUUUCAAAUUUAGUUUCCGAAGAUGCUACUUUUUCAAAAGAAAUGAAAAGGAAAAAACCGGGACCAAAAUCAAAGACAAUAAAAAAGAAUUUAAUUAAUAAUAAAAUUGAAGGCUCUAAAAGAGUUGAGAAACAAACUGAAACGAAAUCAGUAACUUCAAAAACCAUACCUGAUGUCCAAGCUAAACCAGUUGGAAAGUUCGACCUCAAUGAAGUAAAUUCUGAGAUGCAAGAUGCAAUUCUCACUUCAGAAGUUAAAUCGGUUUUCAACAAAACCUCAAAUAAACCUGGACCAAAAUCGAUAAAAGAGCAGAAUAAAAAUUUAAUAGAAUUUUCAGUUAACAACGAGCUCCAAGAAGAGUAUAAAGAAAAUAUGAAAAAACCUCAAAAUGAAUCGAAGAUUUUGAAAAUUACAAAUAGCGGUGGUAAUCAAGAAACGAAUAUUAACUUUCAUAAAACAGAUCAACUAAUAAAAUAUGGUGAUUGCCUAGCUUUUGAAGGAAAAAAUGAUUUAGAUACCGAUGAAAGUGCCACAACCCAAAUUUUUAAUGUAUUUCAAGAGAAAACUAAAUUUGUGGAAAACAUAAAUGAAAAAAUUGUUCCAUUUAAUAAGAAUAAAAUGUUAGGUCAACAGAUACAGAGUUCUUUAAGUGGACUGAAAAGUAAUGCAUCAGACCUACCAAUUUCAGAAAAAAUUGAAAUUGAAACAUGUAAAGAAAAAUAUUUAAACGAGAGGAAUAACAAAUCAAAUUUGCAAAAACCUGCCAAAAGUCCAAUCAUAGUAAAAAAAUAUCAAAAACUUUUCGAAAGAUGCAAUGCCCUAAAUCUAACGGAAGAGUUUAAGCUAAAGGUGAUUACAAGAUAUGAGACCGAGCUGAAAAAAAGAAGAUUAAAUGAUGUUUUGCUUAAUAAAAAUUUAUCAAUAAACGAUUCAGAUAAAGAUAAAAUAUUCAAAAUGUCUUUAAAAGAAUUCAAAACUAAAACCAAUAUUGCUGAAUUAAUUUGCAAUACAAGAAGAUCGAGAAUAGGCGAAAAAAUUGCCUUAAUUGAUUUGGAAAAAUGCAUCAAAGCAAUUUAUGAAACAUUUAUUAAGGAAUCAAUUUGGGUUGAAAAUCUUAAAUUGGAUUCUCAUAUUUCAGAACACAUGCCUUUAUACAAAAAUAUGGAAUAUCGAAAUAUAAGAACUGGUGAAAAAAUAAUGAGUGACGAAUCUGAAAAUAAAAUGCAAUUAACAAGUAUUAAUGAUGCUACAACAGAGAUUUGUGUCGAGCAGAAUAACGAUAAUAUAGGGUUAACCAGAAACUUCAAAAACAGUGAAAAUUUAACAAAGAAAAUUUCAAAUAAACAAACCGAAAAACUCGAUAACCAUAAAAAUAUUCAAGUUUCAUGUUCAAAAGACCGAAAUAUAACUAAUAUAGAUAAAGAAAUAAAUAAUGAAAUGGCAACAUUAUCACAGAAUUCCAUAGGUUCUACUAAAAAUCAAAACCAUACUAAAAAACUACAACAUUCUGCUGAGGAGAAUGAAAAUAUUAGCUCUGAUAUUUUGGAAAUUUCUGUAAAAAAAGAACAUAAUACGCAAUACUCUAAUUAUUCAGAUGAAGUUUCAAUUUUAUCACAGGAAAUGAAUAAAAGUAUUAUUAUCGAAGAUGAUGAAAUGGAAGAUAUUAAUGAAAUAUUGAAAGAAAUGAUGUCUUCAUCACCGUUAGAAAUGGUUUCUGUAAAAGCGUCCCUGACAGACGACAAUGUUAAUGAAAAAAAUUCUUUAACAUUGAACAAAAAAUUUAGUUCUAAGAAUGGUACGGAAAUAGAUACCCCUCCGAAAAUAUAUAUGAAAUCUAACACGCUAGAACAAGAAACUCAAGAUUUUUUUGAUUUUGGAUGCAAAUCAGCACCAUGUUUUUCAAAUGAAAUUUUGAAAAUGAAUACAGAUUUGAAAAUAGACUUAAUAACUCAACCAAAAUGUUUUCAAAAUAACAAUUCUAAUGGAGUAAACCACCAAUUACUAUCAGCAGCCUUUCAACAAAGAGUGAGAAACAGAAGGCAAUUUGCGAGAAAAAUAAUGCAAAAUGCACUCAGUAAUGUAGAUGAGGAUAUUUUCAGUACACUCGCUGAAGGAAAUCUUGUGAUUUCGAGCAAUUUAAAUUCAAAUUUUCCAAUAUUUCAAGAUAAAAUACAUUUUGAUAAGGAAGUCGUACAAAAACCGGAAUAUCAGUGUGCAUUAAAAAUAGAAGAGGUUUCAGAAAAAUCUGACAAGAAAGAAAGUGAAGAAGUCGAUUAUAAAAAAUACCUAAAUUUAGAUUUUCAGAAUGAUGAGCAUCAAAAUGAUAAAAAUGAAAGAACAUCGUCAUGUAGCACUCAGGAGUUAUUAUCAACGCUAUUGAACAAUUGUAAUGAAAACACUGAAACGGUGUAAAAUUAAAAUAAUUAACUACAAUGUAGAAUUAAAAUAAAAAUAACAUUUAUUUUUUAUCUGUA